AUGCUUCAGUUUAACAAGGUCUUACCACGUUCUCUGGGUUGCGCAAGAAGAUGGGUCACCCGCAGAUUCAUGUCAACACUGAACACUCAGGAGGAGAGAAAGUACGAUUCGACAUGUAACGAUGUUGGCAGCGUCAAUGUUCCUAACCCAUAUAUUCCAAAUUUUGCAGGUCUGUGACUAAAUUCACAUUUAUAUACACAAGUAAUUAAGUGUACUUAAAAAUAUACGCCGUAGCACACCAACCUGUCUUUGUACUUUUCGUUACACGAGAAAUGUGAUUUUUUGAAACCAACUGACUGUGACCCCAACCGACUGCAUGAUCGAUCGACUUCUUGACAGAUAGACUUCGCGGAGUUUUUCUCUAAUGGCAUGCGAAAAGGAACGGUCGAUUUUCUUUGAUCAAACAAUUCUUGGUUUAAUUUCAAAACUCUUCACAAACAAUUAAGCAAUAUCAUCCUUACAGGUGAAUAUAUCAAACCGCUGCAAUGGAAAAUGUACACUAAAAGUCACAUUCCAGCCAUAUUGAACACAUACUGGCCUCGAGGGGCUCAGUCAGUGGACCCUCUGCCAUACCUAGCAGCGGCAUCCGUUCUGCCGAUGCGCACAAACAAUUACGUGGUUACUCAGCUGAUCGACUGGUCUGCUGUACCGGAUGAUCCUAUGUUUCAGCUCACCUUUCCACAACCAGGUAAGCUACGAGAAUCUAGUAUUAGGGAUUUUGUUAGCAAUAAAACGGUUUAGUUAAGCCAUAGCCGCGUCAAGAGGUGUCAAGCCACGUUAAUCGUGGCGAGUUUAACUUGUCCUUGAGCAAGACAUGCAAGUGUAUUUCAACGUAAAAAGGGUAAGUUUCUUUAGAGAUUAUGGUGUUUUGCAUCGGUGCAGGGAUAUUACGAGAUAAUUUGGUUUUACUGACAGCGUUGAUAGUGAAUUAGCCACCGUUAUACGAUUUUAAGGCGGGAUUCACUAUAACGAGGGGCCAACGCUCGAAACGUCAGCUUUAGAAUCUAUACGAUGCCUAAUUCACAUUAUUAACUCGGUUGAUAAAACGAAAUUAUCUUUUAUUUCAUCAUAGAUUGAUACAUGGACACUCGCUGAUAUUUUGUGCCCAUUAUGAAGGCUUGGCUACUAAUAUUUGUCCCUGGGCGCCCUUGAGGGCACUUAAUGAAAUAAAAGUCAAAUGAUAGAUUCAGCCAAACUGAUUGAUUGCUGUAAUGAUCAGCGGUAUUUUCUACAAUGUAGUAGACAUGCGUCUAGAGGACUGGUGGUGUGUAGAGUCGGCCAUGUUUUAAUAACCUUUGUGAUUUCGCUCAUUAAACUACGUUCAUCCAGCUCCAUCAUAGUCUCGAGUGAUGAUUAUUAUAAUUGCCUUUCCUGGCCAUCCUUAGCGAUGAGAAAAUUGUGUUACUCAGGGCACCUCAGGUGUGUUCCGGCAAAUUUAAGGGGCACUAACUUUCUAAACAAACUACGUAAAGGGUUUGAACUCUUCCUUUGACAUUUGACAGUUGAUAGCACUUUUCAUUUCUUAUCCUUUCGUGUUUUUUCUUUAUCAGGAAUGGUGUCACCUGACGACCUACACAACAUCCUGAAUGCCAUGCGUGAUAAUAAAAGUCGGGUUUCUCUUCGAAAAAAAGUGGAAAAAAUUCGAACAUCCAUGAAUCCGCAUCCAGCCAACCAGAAAACUAUGAAUGUGCCACGUGAGAAUGGCGAAGAGCUGCCUGGGAUGCAGCACAAAUAUCGAGAAACGGUUCUCUUCUUUCCUGCCGAAGGUAUAUCACUAACUUUUUAAUAUUAACUUGGUUGUUAACAUGCGUUCACACUUUCCAGCUAACAUCGCUGAGAAGUGCUCAACAGAGUUAAACCUCAAGAAAAGAAAUGAUGCUCACAGGUGGACUGCACUUUAAGCAAUUGCCUAGAAGAAGACGGUAAAAGAUUCAGGUUUCGACGGGAUUUACACCCGUGCCUUCCCGCUUCUACCAACUGAGCUUCAAAGCCACACGUAGGGAGCCAGGCAAAUCUUAGACGGUUUAUCCUUCCCGUUAAGGAAUCUUUUUAUGAAAUAAAUUUAUUUCAUUAAAAAAAAACUGUGAGAAAAAAAAAACAAAACAAAAAACUGUGAGAGUUAAAACCAAUUUUUUUGUUGUAAGGGAACUCCACUCACUUCCAUUCCGCUCUCUGUUCUGUUAGCUCGACUGACUCUUGCACUUUAAAAUUACAGACAAACUGAUUAUAUUCGUGUCGCCAGAAAACAUUGUGCCAUCAUUGAAACUACUUUCAGUUAGUUCGUAAUCGUCUCAAGGUAGCUUUUAUUAAGAAAUCCCUUGUGCAGUGACCAUGGUAACUCACAGGUCAAUGCUUUUGAUAGGUCAGUGGUGCCACACGUUCUGUACGUAUUGUUUCCGUUGGGCCCAGUUUACCGCGGUUGGAUCUCCGCAAGCCUUCCAGUCAUAUGAUUCUGAGAAACUGGCAAGUUAUAUUCGAAAACACAAAGGUACACUUUUGAAAAAUCGCUUCAAUAUCUGAACACUGGCAUUGUAGUUAUGCAAUCAAUCAUCCAAUCGUGUGUUAUCCACUUACAGUUGGCUGAUCGAGCCUCCACGGCGGGGAUAUCCGGGUACAAUAAUGAUAGUGAUCAUAUGUAGUAUGUGACAUUCGGGAAUACUUGCAUGUUUUUCAAUAAAAGCACACGCGUAGGGCCUGACGGGUCAUAUGAUAUUUAGGUAACAAAGCUACUAAAUUUAGUUGCGUAAGAGUGCUUUACGUUUCCAAUUUUUGCAAGGUGUCAGAAGGGUGUGACAUAUUGCCAGGACUGAAAGAAAAGAACAUUUAGCUUAGUUUUUCUCAACAAUAUGGCCGAGAUUGUAGAGUUGCAGGCUUAGUGGUGCCUUGAGAAAUCUUUACGCAUCAUUCUAAUGAAUGUACGCAGACGUAUGGCCAAAUUGGCUCGUAACGACUUUGCAUAAAUUGUGAUUUGGUCCUUUUUAAAGCAAGAUUGAGAGAAUUUUGGAAAUAUUUCAGUUACCAUCGUACAUGUUUUAAAUAAAGAUAAAAAUUAUGACACGACCGUGAGCGAUGACCAGCUGGGAUCGGGAAUUUCUUUUUGAUAUCACUGUAUUACAAGCAACGGAUCGGUUGUUUUUCGAUUGACUGGUAAGUCAUAAAAGCCAAUCUUUGUUCACGUUAAUAUCGUGGGAAACCAAUGAGAACAUGUAAAAGUUCCAAGCGCGGGAAAAACGCGAGUGACCGAGACAUGAUAUAUUUUGGUUCAAAAUCGGAUUGGUUGAGGGCGUGGUAUGAGAUCUCAGCGAUUGUAGCAAGGUGAUACCAAAGUAAUUUCGGGUUAUUCUCAACAGCAGAUUGAAUAUUUAGAUAGAUGAUCGCAAAGUAAUGUAAACCGUUACUAGUCACUUGAAUCCUCCUUUUCCAGCUAGUGAGAUGGCGUUAAAUAUCAGUUUUCCUUCAAUUUCUCAUGUAGGAAUAAGAGAUGUUUUAUUUACCGGUGGUGACCCUAUGGUGAUGACAACAAAACAGCUUGAAAGAUACAUCCACCCACUCCUCCAGGAUCCAACACUCGACCACUUAAGGACUAUCAGGAUUGGUACCAAGUCUCUUGCUUAUUGGCCUUACCGUUAUGUCACAAAUGAUGACGCUGACGAUUUACUACGGUAAAUUAAAUGCUUUUCAGUUUGGGUUUUGAUGAUGAUCACUUACAUGGCGGCGUUUGGUUCUUAGAGCUUCUCGCAGGCCCUAAAGUCAGUAGGAUUAAUGACUGGUUAUGAGAGCUUGCAAAAAUAAAAGAAUCAAAACAACGGUUCUGAAAUUAAUGUCGGUAGCUCCCAGACCGUGCACAAUCUUUAGUUCUUAAGCUCACACUCUGUGACUGAGUAAAUUAAUGGGAUGCCUCUUUUUCUAAGCUAGUUCAGUGCGAUUUUCUUGGAAUGCUAUUGUGUCCGGUCAUGUCCAAAACAGGCAAUCAAAACUGAGAAGAUAUAUAUAUACUAGGGAAAUCUGAGUUUAUUUACCAUAUCUUUCAAUUAAGUAACUGUGGCUAGCACUGAGUACCAGCGGUAAAGGCAUUUGCUCCUCUUCCCUAUCUCGCACAUCAAUCGCCUUUCUCUCAUGACUUAUUUUUAAUAACUCUCUUCACUUUUCAGGCUGUUUGAAACAGUCACUAUGUCCGGUCGACAUCUUGCCAUCAUGGCUCAUGUGUCCCACCCCCGUGAACUCCAAUCACCUGUCGUCAGGGAAGCCAUCCGACGGAUACGCAUGACCGGAGCAGUCAUUCGCUCUCAGGCUCCAUUGAUCCAUCAUGUCAAUGCAGACCCGUGGGUCUGGGUUGAAAUGUGGCAGACCCAGCUCUCUCUCGGCAUGAUUCCUUAUUACAUGUUCGUGGAGCGGGACACUGGCGCUAAACAUUAUUUUGAAGUUCCACUGGUCGAGGCCUCACGAAUCUAUCACGAAGCUAUUCGGCGAGUUUCCGGAGUUGCGAGAACGGUGCGCGGUCCGUCCAUGUCCGCUGCUCCAGGAAAAGUACAUUUGUUAGGAACUGCAGAAGUUGCCAAUGAAAAGGUAUUCGUCUUGCAAUUCCUUCAGGCACGAAAUCCUCAAUGGACUGGACGACCGUUUUUUGCAAAAUACGACAAGAGAGCAGCAUGGUUGGACCAGUUAAAACCGGCGUUUGGAGAAGAGCAGUUUUUUUACGAGAAUGAGCUCAAAGGGUUAGAGGACGCUGAAAAUUCCUCAGGAGUUCUCUUUCAGUAUCAAUAA